AUGUACGGUACUGCCACCGGCCCUCAAACGGGCGUCUCAACACCACGAUCUUCAUCAUCUCUGCGACCACUCGUCCUCUCACAUGGCUCAUUAGAGCACUCAUUUUUGAUACCCACAAAUAUUCAUUUUCAAGCCUCCCAGAUCAAAGACCGUUUUCUUGCAUCCCUCCCUGAGCCCACAGACGAACUCGCACAAGACGACGAGCCUUCAUCCGUGGCUGAGCUUGUUGCCAGAUAUCUGGGAUUUGUAGCGCAAGAAGUCGAUGAGGGAGAGGAUGAUGCGCAAGGAUCAUACGAAGAAGUCUUGAAACUCGUUCUGAACGAAUUCGAACGUGGCUUUUUGAGAGGCAAUGAAGCUCACGCUUUGGUUGCCACGCUUCCUGGAAUUGAUGCAAAGAAACUCAAAGUGGUCGAGUCCUACUACGCUGCGCGUGCGGCUAGCAACAGGCCCAUCCGCCCUCACGAAUCAGCAUUGUUUAGAGCAGCCAGCGACGAGGAAGCCAAGAUUUAUAAUAUUUUUGGUGGACAGGGAAAUAUCGAGGAAUACUUUGAUGAGCUUCGAGAAUUGCACAACACAUAUGCAGUCUUCGUGGAGGAUUUAAUCACUGAAUCUGCUGAACUGUUGCAGAGUCUGUCAAACGACCCUAGAGCCGAGAAAUUAUACCCAAAGGGCUUGGACGUCAUGGCCUGGCUUCAUGAUCCCGAGUCAACUCCAGAUAUCGACUAUUUAGUUUCUGCGCCAGUCAGUUUCCCAUUGAUUGGCUUGGUUCAGCUUUGUCAUUAUGCUGUAACCUGCAGAGUUUUGGGGCUUACUCCUGGGCAAUUCAGAGAAAGGAUUAGCGGGGCAACUGGUCACUCUCAAGGUAUUGUUUUAGCUGCCGCUACUGCUGCUGCGGACUCUUGGGAAUCGUUUGAUAAAGUCGCAGUUUCGGCUCUUACAAUUUUGUUCUGGAUUGGAUCCAGAAGUCAACAGACAUUCCCGAGAACUUCCCUGGCACCCAAUAUCCUCCAGGAUUCCGUGGAUCAUGGCGAAGGAACACCCACACCUAUGUUGAGCAUUCGCGAUUUAUCACAGGCUCAGGUCCAGGAACAUAUCGACAAGACGAACAAAUAUCUCCCAGAAGAUAGACAAAUUGCCAUUUCUCUCAUUAAUAGUGCUAGAAAUAUGGUUGUUUCAGGACCUCCAAUUUCCUUGUACGGUCUCAACCUCCAACUGCGUAAAGUCAAGGCUCCGACCGGCCUCGACCAGACUCGAAUCCCAUUCACAGAGCGCAAAGUUAGAUUUGUAAACAGAUUCUUGCCAAUCACAUCCCCUUUUCACAGCAAAUAUCUUGCCGAAGCUACAACUCAUAUCAAUGAAGACCUAAAGGAUGUUGAGAUUGAUAGCAAAACAUUGGGUAUUCCCGUUUAUGACACCAACACUGGAAAGGACAUUCGGGAUGACGUUCAGGGCAAUAUCGUGCCAGCUUUGGUGCGCUUGAUUACCCACGACACAGUCGAAUGGGAAAAGGCCACAGUUUUCCCAAAUGCAACUCACGUCCUUGAUUUUGGUCCUGGUGGCGUGUCUGGCCUUGGUGUUUUGACCAGCCGCAACAAGGACGGAACUGGUGUUCGUGUUAUCUUGGCUGGUGCAGUCAGUGGUACGAUUCCUGAGGUCGGUUACAAACCUGAGCUUUUCGACCGUGAUGAGGAACACGCCGUCAAAUAUGCCGUUGAUUGGGUAAAGGAGCAUGGUCCAAAAUUGGUCAAGACCUCAAGCGGUCAGACAUUCGUGGACACAAAGAUGAGUCGAAUCUUGGGAGUUCCCCCUGUCAUGGUUGCUGGUAUGACACCAUGUACCGUUCCUUGGGAUUUCGUAGCCGCAACGAUGAACGCUGGGUACCAAAUUGAGUUGGCUGGAGGUGGAUAUUACAAUGCCAAGACUAUGACCGAAGCGUUGAGGAAGAUUGAGAAUGCCAUUCCAGCUGGUCGUGGUAUUACCGUCAACCUUAUUUACGUCAACCCACGUGCUAUGCAAUGGCAAAUUCCGCUUCUUGGACAGUUGCGUGCAGAAGGUGUUCCAAUCGAGGGUCUCACAAUUGGUGCUGGUGUACCAUCCAUUGAGGUUGCUCAGGAAUACAUUGAGACCCUUGGCUUAAAACACAUUGCGUUCAAGCCAGGAUCCAUGGAGGCCAUUCAAGCUGUUAUCAACAUCGCACAUGCCAACCCAACUUUCCCAGUGAUCCUCCAAUGGACUGGAGGACGUGGAGGUGGACAUCACUCGUUUGAGGAUUUCCAUCAACCAAUUCUUUCAAUGUACUCACGUAUCCGGAGACAAGAGAAUGUUCUCUUGGUCGCAGGUAGUGGCUUCGGUGGCGCAGAAGACACUUAUCCUUACCUCACUGGUGAAUGGUCAAAGAACUAUGGCUAUCCACCAAUGCCUUUUGAUGGAUGUCUCUUUGGUAGUCGCGUCAUGACAGCUAAGGAAGCACAUACUAGCAAAAACGCCAAGAAAGCCAUCACUGAAGCCGAAGGCCUUGAUGAUGCCGCAUGGGAGAAGACGUACAAGGGUCCUGCCGGUGGUGUUAUCACUGUUCGAUCUGAGAUGAGUGAGCCAAUUCACAAAUUGGCAACUCGCGGUGUUAAGUUCUGGGCUGAGAUGGAUGCAAAGAUUUUCAGUUUGCCAAAAGAGAAGCGAGUACCUGAAUUAAAGAAGAACCGCGAUUACAUCAUUAGGAAGUUGAACGAUGAUUUCCAAAAGGUGUGGUUUGGACGAAACAAAGCUGGAGAAACCGUUGAUCUUGAGGAUAUGACAUAUGGCGAAGUUGUCCGUAGAAUGGUGGAUUUGAUGUAUGUCAAGCACGAGUCUCGCUGGAUCGACAAAUCAUACAUUAAACUCACUGGCGACUUCAUUCGCCGUGUUGAGGAACGUUUCACAACCGGUCAAGGAAAGCCAUCCAUGCUCCAAAGCUACGCAGAUUUGGAAGAUCCAUACCCAACUGUGGAAAAGGUCCUCGCUGCUUACCCAGAGUCCGAGAAACAACUUAUCAAUGCCCAAGAUGUGCAACACUUCCUCAUGCUUUGCCAACGUAGAGGUCAGAAGCCAACUACAUUUGUGCCAUCGCUUGAUGAAAAUUUUGAAUUCUUCUUCAAGAAGGAUUCUCUUUGGCAAUCCGAGGAUCUCGAGGCUGUCAUCGGGCAAGAUGUCGGCAGAACUUGUAUCUUGCAAGGACCAAUGGCUGUCAAAUACUCGAAGGUUGUAGAUGAGCCAAUCAAGGAAAUCCUUGACGGUGUUCAUAACUCGCACAUCAAGUAUUUGACUCGAGAUAUCUACGGUGGAGAUGAAGCCUCCAUCCCAGUGCUUGAAUACUUCGGCGGUAAGCUCAUUGAGACUGAGGAAGAGGUCGACGUUGAAGGUCUCACAAUUUCGGAGGAUGCGGAGAAGACCACUUACCGAUUGUCAUACUCCCCCACCGCUGUUCUCCCAUCUCUCGAGGCUUGGCUCUCAUUGCUUGCAGGCCGCAAGAGGUCUUGGAGACAUGCUCUCUUCACUUCGGAGGUAUUUGUCCAAGGACAAAAAUUCCAAACAAAUCCAAUGAAGCGAAUCUUUUCUCCUGUGAAAGGCCUAUUUGUUGAGAUCACUCAUCCUAAUGAUCCUUCAAAGACUGUAAUCACCGUCAAGGAGCAACCCAGACCGAACCACUACCUUACUGUUAUUGAGGUGAAAUUGGUUGGCAAGAACGAGAUCUCGGUCAACAUGAUCAAGGAAACCACCGCAGUCGGAAAGCCGGUAUCCCUUCCAUUAAAGUUCACAUACCACCCUGAGGCUGGUUACGCUCCAAUACGCGAAGUCAUGGAUGAUAGAAAUGACCGUAUCAAGGAAUUUUACUGGAGAGCUUGGUUUGGUGAUGAGACUCUUGAUCUCGACGCCUCAGUCACUGGCAUCUUCAACGGUGGUAAGGCUACCAUCACCAGUGAAGCUAUCAAUGACUUCGUUCAUGCUGUCGGCAACACCGGGGAAGCUUUCGUUGAUCGACCUGGUAAGGAGGUCUUCGCUCCUAUGGAUUUCGCUAUUGUCGUUGGAUGGAAAGCCAUCACUAAGCCGAUCUUCCCUAGAACAAUUGACGGUGAUCUUCUCAAGCUUGUGCAUCUUUCCAACGGCUUCCGCAUGAUUCCUGGAGCCGAGCCACUGAAGAAGGGUGAUGAAGUUGAGACUACAGCUCAGAUCAAUGCUGUUCUCAAUCAAGAUUCCGGUAAAAUGGUCGAGGUAUGCGGUACCAUCACCAGAGAAGGACGUCCAGUAAUGGAGGUUACUUCACAAUUCUUGUACAGAGGUGCAUAUACCGAUUUUGAGAACACCUUCCAGCGUAAAAUUGAGACACCCAUGCAAAUUCAUCUCGCUACCUCGAAGGACGUCGCUGUCUUGAGAUCUAAAGAAUGGUUCAACUUGGACGAGCCAGGUCACGAGCUACUUGGUCAAACCUUGACUUUCCGUCUUGAAAGUCUUGUCCGCUUCAAGAACAAGACCGUUUUCUCGAGUGUUGAGACUAGUGGUCAAGUUCUGUUGGAGCUUCCAACCAAGGAGAUUAUCCAAGUUGCAAGUGUUCAGUACGGGGCUGGUGUUUCACACGGUAACCCUGUCAUUGAUUACCUUGAGCGUCAUGGGUCUUCUAUUGAACAACCCAUCAAUUUUGAGAACCCCAUCCCUCUCAAUGGCAAAACUCCACUCUCUAUCAGAGCACCAACAUCCAACGAGACCUACGCUCGUGUUUCGGGUGAUUAUAAUCCUAUUCACGUUUCUCGUGUCUUCUCUAGCUACGCAAACUUGCCUGGUACUAUCACUCAUGGUAUGUACUCCAGCGCAGCUGUCCGUAGCUUGGUUGAGACUUGGGCUGCAGAGAACCAUGUUGGCCGUGUUCGCAGCUUCCAUGCUCAAUUGACAGGUAUGGUUCUUCCAAACGAUGACAUCGAGGUCAAGUUACAGCAUGUCGGUAUGGUUGCUGGUCGCAAGAUCAUCAAGGUUGAAGCUAGCAAUAAAGAGACUGAAGAUAAGGUCUUACUUGGAGAGGCCGAGGUCGAACAACCAGUCUCAGCAUACGUCUUCACUGGUCAAGGUUCUCAAGAGCAAGGCAUGGGUAUGGAGUUAUAUGCUAGCAGCCCUGUUGCCAAGGAAGUGUGGGACCGUGCUGAUAAGCACUUCAUGGACAACUAUGGUUUCGCCAUCACCAAUAUUGUCAAAAACAAUCCUAAAGAACUCACUAUUCACUUUGGUGGCCCUCGUGGUAAGGCAAUCCGUCAAAACUAUAUGUCUAUGACUUUCGAAACUGUUGGUGCCGAUGGUUCUAUCAAAUCCGAGAAGAUGUUCAAAGAAGUCGACGAACGCACAACAUCCUAUACCUACAGAUCGCCAGCUGGUCUUCUUUCCGCCACUCAAUUCACACAACCUGCCUUGACAUUGAUGGAGAAGGCAAGUUUCGAAGAUAUGCGCUCCAAGGGUCUUGUCCAACGUGACAGCAGUUUCGCUGGUCACUCUCUUGGAGAAUACUCUGCUCUUGCUGCUUUGGCAGAUGUCAUGCCAAUUGAAAGUUUAGUCUCUGUCGUUUUCUACAGAGGUUUGACUAUGCAGGUCGCUGUCGAGCGUGAUGCUUCUGGACGAUCCAAUUACUCUAUGUGCGCUGUCAACCCUAGCAGAAUUUCCAAGACAUUCAACGAAGAAGCUCUUCAAUAUGUCGUUGCAAACAUUGCUGAAGAAACUAGCUGGUUAUUGGAAAUUGUCAACUACAACAUUGCUAACAUGCAAUAUGUAUGUGCUGGUGAUCUUCGAGCUCUUGAUACCCUCACUGGUGUCACCAACUACUUGAAAGCUCAAAGAAUUGAUAUCCAGGAGCUCAUGCAAACUUUGAGUCUCGAUGAUGUCAAAGCACAUCUUGUGGAAAUCAUCCGCGAAUGUGCGAAACAAACCGACGCCAAGCCCAAACCCCUCGAUCUUCAAAGAGGUUUCGCUACAAUCCCUCUCAAGGGUAUUGAUGUACCUUUCCACUCGACAUUCUUGAGAAGUGGUGUCAAACCAUUCAGAAGUUUCUUGCUUAAGAAAAUCAAUAAGACAACUAUCGAUCCUAGCAAGUUGAUUGGAAAAUAUAUUCCUAACGUUACUGCUAGACCUUUCGAAUUGACUAAGGAAUACUUUGAAGAUGUCUAUCGUCUGACUAAUAGUCCAAAAAUCGGAAAUGUAUUGGCAAACUGGCACAAAUAUCAAGAUGGGUAUGAAGAGUCUAGUGGUGAUGAAGUGGAGGUUGAAGCAAAUGGUGUUAAUGGUACGCACUAG